GAGGCUAUACGCUAUCUCUUCGGCAACAUGCGUGCUCUGACGGACCUUGUGAUACGGCACUUCUCACUCGUUCGCGGCGACAACACAAGGAACGCCGACCUCGUAGAUUUGACCGGUUAUCCACUACCGAACGAGGGCCCUUACGACUGCGUUAUACUAGUGUUUGGUCUGGCACGCACUAAGGUAUAA